UGGUUUGUCAUUCGGCGACAAUACUAUUCGGAUGGUCCCAUAAAAUCAAAGAAAAAUAAAUAGCCGAUUGUUAUUUCGCAGUUGACCGGCAUCAGAUGUUGAUACCGCGAUAAACUCUCAUUUCAAACUCAAUUAAAAUUAAUAAAUGAAUUGCACAACGCGUUCCAUCAACUUUCAAACAUGUUACGAGACGAUAUACAGAAAUAUCUCGACCAAAUCCCAGAUGUUAAGGACCAAGAACAAUUAAAGAAAUUCAUCGAUCAAAAGAAGGUCACCAAAAAUGAUCGUCAAGAGGUGCUUCAUAUUUUAUGUGUCCACCUCGCCACGAAUUCCCGCUCGAUGGAAGUCAUCCCUGAGUGUUUACCCCACUUCUUCCCCAUCAUUCUGGCAAUGGCAGUUCCCUCGGAGUCCUCAGGAUCAUCUUUGAAAACAGGAACCAGCCUGUCCCAUGAGAGAAAAUGUGUCCUCCUAAGUAAAUUGUUAAAGGCUCAUCCAGACGUUCUAGGACACACCCUGCAUUACUUCGACACCCAUCCAGCGCCUUUCGAGGGCCUCUCCGAGAAUCCAGAGACUUCUGUCAAGCGGUCAAGACUCGAUACCUCAACCUGCAUCCGAGAAACAUUUGCUGAACCAUCCGAUCGAGAAGUAUUAGAAGCAACCUACCGAAUUUUUCAAGCAUUUCCCACUCACUUCAAACGUAAAUGGAAAUGGUCAAAGAUCUAUCACUACUUGGACCACAAGAACAUUGACGUUCGUUAUAUCGUCGUUAAGUGCCUGGGGCUAGUCUUGGAAAUGUCAGAGGAGACGACGAAUUCCUGGCUGGAAAAAUUGAAUCUAAAUAACUCGAGUGGCACAUCUAAGUCCGCAUUGAGACCUGGAGUACCUGCACCGAGAUUAUCCCUCGAGGACUACGAUGUGUCAGAGGUGGGGGAGUGCCUGAUGGACUCUAGUUCCCUGGUGUCGAUGGCAGGAGUCUUGUUACCUAUUCUGAAGAGGGAGAAGUCCUCCGAGGCCCUCAGCCUCGUUCCAGUUCCAUCGAUGGAGUUGAACCUCCGUAGUUUAUCUCUGGGUGUGGCUUCGAGGAAAGCGGUGUGCCUCCAGGGUCCUGUGGGAUGUGGAAAAACCGCCCUCGUUGAGUAUCUCGCAAGAAAAACUGGGAGGGGACCGUCAGACAUCAUCAAAGUCCAGCUGGGGGACCAGACAGACUCGAAGAUGCUCCUGGGGACGUACAGGUGCACUGAUAUCCCUGGGGAAUUUGUCUGGCAGGCUGGUAUACUUACCCAGGCUGUAAUGUCAGGCAAGUGGCUGCUGUUGGAAGACAUCGACAGUGCAACACUGGACGUUGCCAGUGUUCUCAGCAGCCUCAUGGAAACUGCUGCCCUUUCAGUACCUGGAUAUCGUGACACAGUUUAUGCAAAAAGUGGAUUUCAACUGUUUCUCACUCAGAGACUGAUUCCUACGAUGACUGGCACCUCUAGGCACUCCUCAGGGGCUUCUGGACUGCUCGAGAAACACUGGCUCUGUGUUCAUGUGGAACCCCUCUCCAAGGAGGAACUCAUCACAGUUGUUCAGACCCUCUUCCCACAGCUCUCGACAGUUGCCACGAAAAUCGUCAACGUAUUUCUCCUGUGUUCCAGUGGAAAUCACGAGGCUGAAAAUGAUAAUCCCUUGAGAACCACUGGGAGACUGAUAUCUACAAGAGAUCUUAUCAAAUGGUGCACCAGAGCUAUCGUUGAUUUUGAUGUUUCCUCUCCAGAUUCAGCUCUCAAAGUCCUCCAGGAUGCCAUCGAUGUUUUCUGCUGCUCAGUGCCGGACUCAGCCCUGAGACUUGAACUAGCAAUCAAUAUCUGUAAUACUCUAGGGAUUGUGAGCACUAGGGCAGAGUAUUUCAGUAAUUCUCACAAGCCCUCUGUCACCCUGACAGCUGAAACUUUCGUUGCUGGUCGAGCUAAGAUUUAUCGUAAGAAGGCACAAGCAGUACAGCUAGAUCAGAACAGAGUGAAUUUCUCGUUCACAAGACUUUCAGCCUCACUCUUGGAACGUGUAACAAGUUGUGUGGCACAUAAGGAACCUGUAUUGCUCGUUGGUGAGACUGGAACUGGUAAAACUUGCUCAGUGCAAUUUCUUGCUCGCAGUACAGGCCACAAACUUAUCGUCAUCAAUAUGAACCAACAGAGCGAGAGUGCUGAUCUCCUUGGAGGGUAUAAACCAGUUGAUAUCAGUCUUCUGAUAACACCGAUUAGAGAAGAGUUUGAAAUUCUCUUCAGGUCUUUCUUUGCCAUGGAGCCGAAUAAAAAAUUUCUGAGUCAUGUGGCCGGAUCUUACAGAGAUGGAAAGUGGAAGACACUGGUGACAUUGAUGGCUCACAGUGCAGCAGCAGCUGUUGCUAGGUUAAAGAGUGGAAGCUCAAGGAAAUGUUCAUCACCUGGGAAACGAGCUCGAGAGGCCUCCAGAGAGAGAUCAACUCUUGAACAAGACGCAGAAUUACUAGUCAGGUGGAGGAGGCUGGCGGUCAAACUGGAGAAAUUAAAGACUCAGGUGAAGACUGAGUUCUCUCUGGCUUUUGCAUUUAUCGAAGGGAGUUUGGUGAGGGCCCUACAGGAAGGCCACUGGGUUCUCCUCGAUGAGAUCAAUCUGGCAUCAUCAGAGACUCUUGAGUGUCUCUCAGGACUCCUCGAGGGUUCUUCAGGAUCCAUCUCCUUGUUAGAAAGAGGUGACAAUGAGUCUGUCAGAAGACACCCAGAUUUCACGAUGUUCGCAUGCAUGAAUCCAGCGACAGACGUCGGUAAAAAGGAGCUACCUGUGGGGCUGAGAAACAGAUUCACUGAGUUUUAUGUCGACGAAUUGACUGAAAAAACAGACCUCCAGUUACUCGUGAGCUCUUAUCUUUAUGACUUGAAUUUACCAUCGUCCAAGGUCGAAUCAAUCGUCAAGUUUUAUCUUAAUGUUCGAGACAAGGCUAUGCAGUCAUUGAAUGAUGGAACUGGACACAAACCGAACUUCAGUUUGAGGACAUUGUGUCGUGCACUGACUGUAGCCGCUCACAAUCCUUGUGGAAAUGUUCUGAGGUCUCUGUAUGAGGCGUUCAACCUGAGCUUUCUCACUCAGUUGGACCCGAAUUCGUAUCCAGUGGUGCAGGGGCUCAUUGCCCAGAUGAUUCUCGAUAAGGGCACCAUGAAGAGUAUUCUAGCAACUCCAAUACCAAAACCAAAGGGUGAUUCUGAGGAGUACAUAAACUUCGAGGGCUACUGGGUGGUGAGAGGGAGCCUGGAGCCAGAGAGGCCUGGUAAUUAUAUUUUAACAAGCUCAGUUCGGCGGAAUCUCAAGGAUCUGGUGAGAAUUGUAUCGAUUGGAAAAAUGCCGGUGCUUCUCCAGGGCGACACGUCAGUUGGUAAAACCAGCCUUAUCACGUACCUCGCUAAAUCAUCGGGUCAUGUAUGCGUUAGAAUAAAUAAUCACGAACAUACGGACCUCCAGGAGUAUGUGGGCAGUUAUGUAGCCAGUGAUAGUGGAAAACUGGUGUUUAAGGAGGGGGUAUUGGUUGAGGCAAUGAGGAAGGGCUAUUGGAUUAUUCUAGACGAGUUGAAUUUGGCACCCAGUGAUGUUCUGGAGGCACUCAACAGAGUUUUGGACGACAACAGGGAGCUCUUCAUCCCAGAGACACAGCAAACCGUCAAGGCACACAGCAACUUCAUGCUGUUUGCCACCCAAAAUCCACCAGGUGUUUACGGAGGGAGGAAACUCCUGUCCAGGGCGUUCAGAAACAGAUUUGUCGAGUUACACUUUGAUGAGAUUCCUCCAGCUGAACUUCAAGUGAUUCUACAUGAGCGUUGCCACAUGCCCGAGUCCUACUGCAAGCAGAUCAUCAAUGUAAUGACUGAUCUACAGAUGAGGAGGAAGAGCACAUCUGCUUUCUCUGGUAAACAUGGAUUUAUCACUCUUAGGGAUUUAUUCAGAUGGGGAGAGAGGUACCGACUUGCUGGCGACGUUGGUGAAGGAUUUUACGAUUGGAGUCAGCAUUUGGCUGACGAGGGGUAUCUGGUGCUGGCCGCCAAAGUUAGGAAGCCUGAGGAGGCUGAGGAGAUCAGGCAGGUGAUCAAGAAGCAUAUGAACAGAGACGUUGAACCAAUGAAUCUUUUUACACUGAGCAAUAAUACCUCCACUGUCACCAAAGCAAUCCUCGAAUCUCUGGAGAAGGAACAAAUUGACGAUUUUUCUCAUGUUAUAUGGACGUACCAUAUGAGGAGAAUGGCUGUUCUGGUAACUAAAUCCUGUCAGUUCAAGGAGCCAGUCCUCCUCGUUGGUGAGACUGGUGGUGGAAAGACAACGGUAUGUCAGUUGGUUGCUGCAAUGUUGAGUAAACACCUGUGGAGUGUCAAUUGUCAUAUGCACACAGAGUCAUCAGACUUCUUGGGGAAUUUACGACCAGUCAGAAAUCACACUGAUAACAAUGAUAAACUGUUCGAGUGGGUUGAUGGACCGCUAGUGAUAGCCAUGAGGGCUGGGGAUAUAUUUCUCGCUGAUGAGAUAUCUUUGGCUGAUGACAGUGUCCUCGAGAGGCUAAACUCGUUACUGGAGCCUGAACGCAGUCUUCUGAUUGCUGAGAAGGGGACUGACUCCAGUAUUGAGUCAGACAAGCUGAAGAGCCUCAUUACUGCUCACGCGAACUUCUGUUUCAUUGGAACCAUGAACCCAGGGGGAGACUAUGGGAAAAAGGAGUUGUCUCCAGCUCUGAGGAACAGAUUUACUGAGAUCUGGUGCGAAGGCUGUACGAAUAAUGACGAUCUUCUUGCUAUUAUCAAGCAUAAUUUAAGGCGACGUACGAACGUUGAUGAUCUGACGGUGGCACGGGCCAUGAUCGAGUUCUUGGAGUGGCUCAAGUCUUCUGAUGUGGGCAGACGAUUCUCUGUAAGCAUCAGGGACGCCUUGACCUGGGUUUAUUUUAUGAAUGCGGCAUUGUCGUUGGCGACGAGUGAGGCGUAUUAUCAUGGGGCUUGUUUGACGUAUAUUGACAGCCUGGGCUCGGGGGUCACCGGAAGUGAGAGCCAGGAAAAACUCGAGACCUUCAGGAAAAAUGCGGUCAUCUUUUUAAACCAUCAGAUACAACUGAACUUUCAGACAGAUGAAUUAUCGAUAGGUGGAGAAAGUAGAAAAGAAUCUGAAAGAUUUUUUGGUGUUAAUCCUUUUUACAUAGCAGUGGGACCCAGUGGAAAAUCAGAGGACGUUGGCUUCACAUUUACACCUCCAACGACUAAGGCAAAUGCACUGAAGGUGUUGCGUGCUCUGCAAUUGAAGAAACCUGUACUAUUGGAGGGAAGUCCUGGAGUUGGAAAGACGAGUUUGGUGUCAGCUAUUGCCAAGGCUUCAGGGCACUCUUUGGUGAGGAUCAAUCUGAGUGAUCAGACUGAUAUUUCUGAUCUUUUUGGGGCUGAUUUACCUCUGGAGGGUGGCAAGGGGGGACAAUUUGCCUGGAAAGAUGGACCAUUUUUAAGGGCUUUGAGGGCUGGCCACUGGAUACUCCUUGAUGAGUUGAACCUCGCGUCACAGUCCGUUCUGGAGGGACUCAAUGCCUGUCUCGAUCACCGGGGUGAGGUCUACAUUCCAGAGCUGGGGAAAACUUUCACUGUUGGGUGUGGAACGAAGAUAUUUGGGUGCCAAAAUCCCUUGAGACAGGGGGGAGGUAGACGUGGACUCCCUAAGUCUUUUUUAAAUCGGUUCAUUCAAGUAUUCGUUGAUCCUCUCUCUGAUGAUGAUUUGAGGAUUAUAGCCCGGUGCCAGUUCCCGAGACUGGAGGAGGAGUUCAUUGAGAAAAUUGUUGAGUUUAAUUCGAUGGUCUCUUCAGAGGCUGGACGAGACUGGGGGCACAAUGGGGCCCCUUGGGAAAUGAAUCUCAGGGAUAUCACGAGAUUGUGUGAACUCAUUGAGACCUACAGACAGAGGUCCUCGUUGGAUGAGAGUCUUUUGGAGGCUGUGGUGCUCAUUUAUUCUCAACGAUUCAGGGGACUGUUUGACAGGGAAAAUGUGGGUAGAAUUUUUCAAAGGAUUUUUGGAGGGGAGGUGUCCAGCUUCUGGAAUCAGAGGCAGCCAUUAAUGAAUGUCACCGAUGAACACGUGUUCUUUGAUAAUGUCGCGGUGCAGAGGACUCAUAAAGCGCAAUUUGAGGGAAACAAUCUUCUGGUGUUAAGGGAGCAGAUGAUGAUUUUGAAGGCACUGGCUUACUGUGUCAAUAUGCAGUGGAUGCCCAUUCUUGUGGGACCAUCGGGAUCUGGAAAGAGCAGUGUAGUUCGAGUACUGGCGCAGAUCAGUGGGCAACGACUUCGUUCCAUCGUUGUCAAUUCAGCGAUGGACACGACAGAGAUUCUCGGCGGCUUCGAACAAACUGAUUACAAUCGACAUUUGGAGCAGCUUAUUUCGGAUACUGAGGAUGUGCUGAUAGCAUUUAUCACUGAAAAUCUGGGUAAUCAGCCCAAGGACACUCUCGCUGAUCUCCACGGUCAAUUAGAAAUCGUUAAGGGAUUAUCCAACGAUGGAAGUACUGCUGCCAAGACACAAGUCGCCGAGAUCGAUAUCUUUUUGCAGCGUAUUGAAAAACUAUUGCAGCUGAUUUCGAUGAUGAAAGGACUCCAGUCAACGGGAACAACUGAUCUGACCAGGAUCGAGACAAAACUGGCGAAUCUGGCUGCAGUUGUGAGGGAAGAUAAAUGUUUGAAUGCGGGUGGAAAGUUUGAAUGGGUCGACAGUGUGUUGGUGAAGUGUCUUCGAGAUGGCACAUGGCUCCUAGUGGAUCAGGUAAACCUGUGCAGUCCAGCGGUCCUCGACAGGCUGAACGGUCUCCUCGAACCAAAUGGAGUUCUCACGAUUGGUGAACGCGGUAUCGAUCAAUCUGGCAAUGUUAACACCGUAAAACCGCAUCCUAAUUUUCGUCUUUUUCUCACUAUGGAUCCCAACUACGGCGAGAUAUCGAGGGCGAUGAGAAAUCGAGGGGUGGAGAUUUACCUUCUCCCCCGAGGAACCUCUCAUGACCUCAACUUCCUGGACAUGAAGUCACAGCUGCAGGCUCAAGGAAUAAUCCAAAACACUCACCAGAAUGCACUUAUCAACUUGAACCAGACGAUAUGGGCAUCCCAACUGGUCCGAAAAUCCGGAGGAAAUCAAGUCUUGCAAGCAGCCUCAUUGAUAUCACAACAAGUGAAUCGAGGUUUUCCCGUGGAAACUGCGUUCAAGACUGCCUGUGAAAACGUCUACAUAAAAGCUCAGAACAUUCACGACCCUCAAACAUCACAAAGGCUGAAGCAGUUGAUUGGGAGCUCAAUAGCUGCUCAGAAUUUAAGGGAAAGGAAACCAGGGUACCUGGACCCCUCAGAGAUGACACCCCAGACUAUGGAAUUUCUGGAGAACGCUAGAUUGUCCCUGAUGAAGCAACAGGGCACGAACAUGAAGGCCAUCUGCACCAAAUACGACGAGUGGCAGAAACGACAUAAAACUAAACAUCUCCUGACGAAUUUUCUCGAUGAGAGCUACUAUCCCAAAUCUAAACCACAUGAAACUGAAGCUCCCAUUACUGAAGACGUUUUUCUCCACUUCGUGGUAAAUUUCUUCGAGCAUGCGAGCGUCGAGGAUUUCCAUAUGCGAUACGAUUUUCUGAUCACCAGACACUCCUCAAUUCUUGGGAAGCACAGACACCUGGCGGAGAAGCUGAAUGACCUGAAGAAGAUCAUCAACACUGCAGCUGAAGGACUCGUCAGUCGUUCCCUCCCCUGGCAUCCUCUGACCUCCCCCUGCAGUUUCACGCCUGAUCAGGUCCAGCUGGCCCUAAAAAUCUCCCUAAUGGCUCACAUAAAGAUAUGCCUGGUUGGACCAGAUACUUCCAAACCUCAGAAGAAUGAUCUCGACCAGAUAACGAUCGAAGAUUAUUCACGAGCACAUGAGCACCUCAACGUGUUUUCCCAUAAUUUUUCAGUGCCUAUGAUGGAAUUCGCCGCCACUGUUAAAGUACUCAGUGAAUGGAUCGAGAUCUACAUUCUCCACGCCAUAAAAAAUCUCACGUACAGGAGCUGCAUCGAUCUGAGGAGACACUUUGUGCGCCUGAAACGAUUCUACGAUCAGGGGAAAGUUGUACUCUAUAUGCGGAGGGAAGAUCCUGAGAAAGAAACGAUUGAUAAAAUCGAGAGGACCCUCGAAAUGCACUGUCGCUGGAUGGUGAAAUUUGUGAUAAAAACUAUGAACGAGUCCUUGCAGGUCGAGGACGAGAAGGUUCACGAAUACUUGAAAACACUAAAAUUAACGGUUAAUAAACUAGUUGGGAAUAUAGAGGAUGAAAAUACUGGUUUUCAAAGGCUCUCCGAGGUGAUACGGAAAAACAUGAAUUUCCUUCCUCCAUUCAAGUCAGCUGAGAUAAUCUCUAUCAACGAUCGAUUCCAGAGAGUACUGACAGAGCUUACCCCAGUGGCUAAUGUCUCCGGCUCGUCACUCCAUUCGCGCCUGAGAUUAAUGAUGAUCCAAAUGAAAGAAUGUGCAGAGUUACGAGUGAGUUUAAUUAAAACCUGGAGGGACAUUAAUAUUAGUCAGAGCCCCGAGGAGACGAGCGACGUAAUAUCUGAUGUAGAAGUGAUAUGUACUGAUCGUAAAUUGUCACUGGAUACAAACGAAAAAAUUUCACUGGCACUGGAGUAUUUUUUAACAUCUAGAACCGAGAGGGAGUUGAGUGAAGCAGCCAUGAAGAUUCAACUGUGGCCCAUUUACGAGUAUCUAUUUCUCUUGAUGACUAAUAAAUUACACAGACUCCUUUGCGAGAAAAUGAUCAAUCCGGGAAGAAGUCAGAUGCCUCGUGAGUUAUUCACAAAUUUUGCAGGGGUCGCAAGUAUUCCUAUCAGUCUGUUGGCAGUGCUCGAUACUAUUUACGUUGGUGGAAGAAAACUUGAGUAUUCUCUGAUGUCUGAGCUUUUCUGCCAGCUGAGGAGCUUCAGAGACAGUUCUCUAGUUUGCAGAGACCCAGAGGCUGUUCUCAAUUUGUCUGGUGUCAGUCGUGAUGAUAUUGAUUUUGUCAAUCUCCCUGAUUACCACCAAACUGAUUCCAAUUCCCUCCUACAGCCAACUCUGGUCAUCCUUCUGUCUAGUUUAAUUCUCAACAAGACUGACAGCAAAAAGGACAUAGCGGUGAUAAAAACAGCUACUUUGGGCAGUUGCAAGGAUAAAACUAAUCAACUGAAGAUGCUGAAUGAAGUGGUGUGGAGGAACAGUGGAGCAAUUAACUCUGGAGAGUAUCAGUUCCUCAGAAACGAUGCUCAGGCUUUAGUCGGCUACGUGACUAAUUACUUGAAAAUAAUUGAGGAUAUUGGAGACGAAACUGCGGGAAAAAUCAUUCUCAGUCCUAUGAAUUUUAAAUUGGCAAUUGGAUUGAGAUACAAGGUGGAGUAUUUUCAACCCCUGAUGGAAUUUAGAGACUUUCUGAAAGACUCAGAAGAUCGGGCAUUAGAGUCGUACACGGCCAAUGAGCUGGGGAUGAAGUGGGCUCAAUUGGGGGUUCACCAAAUUUUUUUCUUUACUCUGCUUAAUGUGAUAGAUCCAGUAGAGAAAAUCGAUCACAAGAUCGAGUUCACUGAGGAAUGCAUCAAAGACCUGGAGAAUAUGGUGUAUUCGAUUCGUUUCGAUGGAAUGAUCCUAGGGGAUUGCCCAGAGACUCACGACCCGAGGGUGAUGGAAGCUCAGAAAGCUCUGGACAAGUUGUAUAUUAAACGAACAGAAUUGCUCAAAGCCAGAGGAUACCGAGCACCAAAUGCCAAAUAUAUGAAGUUAAGCGAAACUCUCAGAGAUUUCAGACAGGCUUUCCUAGAACCAAAUGUCAUUCUUAUACCACUGGAGUCUCUCUGCAAUUUGUUAUCCAAUAGUUCAACAAUGGAUGACCAAAAAUUUAUGACCAUUGUGGAUGAGGCAAUAAAACGUCUUGAGGGGCAUGACAGAUCCCUCCAGGAGUUCUCCGCGAGACUGAGGUAUAAAUUCUUCACUAAUUAUCGAGAUCUGGUUCAGCCUAUCCAGACAGCUCUGGCCUACGUACAUCAUGGGAUGAAAAUGGUCAUCGACGAAUCCACUAGACUCGUCGCCGAACGAAAAUUGAGUUUUCACUUUUCGUCGAGUGCCGAGAACUUCUUUCAUAACAUCGUGAGGUUUCCAACUGUUGGACAUAAGCAGGAAAAUUUACUUCAGUUGAUUGAUCUGUGCACUCGCAAAAGUACCAGGGAGUUCAUAGAUUCGAACAUUGAGGCGAGGGGGCUGGGCCCAGGUGUUGGGAUGAUGGAGAUCUUCAACACAUUGAAGAAUUCCCUCUCUGAACUUUAUAAUUAUACGAGUCUGAAUGGAAGGGUGACACCAGAGAUCUGGAAGGUGUUGGAGAAAAUUCUUUUGAAAAUUGUGCUAAUCUGGCAGAAAAAGGAGAUCGAAGGGGAACGAAAGAAGGAGCAGGAGGACUCGUUAUACAAACAUAAAACCCAAAGUCUGGGGGAAGUGCCAACUGAGGAGGAAGAGAUAAACUUGGAGCUGCAUAGAUUAUUUCCAAGUCAUCGUGAGGAUGAUUUUGAGGGGAUUGAGGGUGAGGCAACGUUGGAAACGAUGAAUUCACAGGCAAAGGAAUCUCGAAGCGAUGGGGAGUGUAUCUUCGAGCAUCUCUUCACUGAUGAGGACAUUCACGAGGUCUACAAGAUCCACUCGAAGCUGGUUCAGCACUUUGUCAGAGCCCCAUGGCUGAAGCCCAGUGAUAUCAAUCCUAAAAGAACUUACAUUGAGCCCCUUUUGGAGAGAUUCAGAACCUUUAAUACACUUCUACCAAAUGCCCAGGCAGCUCUGUCGUCUGAGUUAUCUACAAAUCUCCAUAUGAGUUUCAAUAUUUUGACAUCAGUGGCCGCUUGCAACAGUCAGGGGGAGAACUUCCUCGAGGACUUUUCAUUCAACGUGAAACCCUACGACUUCUACAGAUCACAGAACAUCGAAGUAGUGAAGGAGUGUCUACCCACCCUCGAGGGAAUUCUGAACAGAGUCAAUAGCCUAUUGAAUCAGUGGCCAGAGCACCCAACUCUCUCCUCAAUUCGCACAAUUGUCAUUCGAAUCAACAGCUUCUCCAUCGACUCGCCUGUCUCACGAUUCCUCACAGGUCUCGAGCUCCUUCUCAUAAAAAUGAGAGAAUGGGAGGAAAACGCCCACUCUGGCGUCAGUCUUGUUGAGCACUCGACUUGCCUCAUACAGCAGAUCAUCGAGUGGAGGAAACUGGAAUUGAAGUGCUGGAGAAGCUGUCUUGAGACAGCCUUUGAGAGACUCAAGGCUAAAACAUCUAAAUGGUGGUUCCUGCUGUUUCGUGUCAUUCAAUCGUACCUGAAUAAGCAAGAAACCCAGAAAUCUGCAUCAGUGGAAAACGAGGAGAUAACAUCAAAGAAAUUAAUCGAACGUUUGGAGAAUUUCAUGAGUCAGUCUCCACUGGUGGAGUUCCAAGCUAGACUCGAUCUGCUCUACACUUUCCAUUGUCACAUUUGCUGUGUCGAACCUGGACUGGAAAGGGAUGAGCUCCUAGCCAUUUUCUGGAAUGUUCACAACUACUACAGUCAAUUCAUCAAGGAAGUAGAAGCCAGAAUAAGUUCUCUCAAGUCUCCAAUCGAGAAGAAACUCAAGGACUUUGUUAAAAUCGCUAGAUGGAACGACAUCAACUACUGGUCUGUGAAGGAAACAGUCGAGAAGACUCACAGGACCCUCUGCAAAUUCAUUAAAGAGUACGAGAGUGGGUUGAAACAGAAUGUUGCAGUGUGCUUACUCGUCAAGCCUUCAAAUUAUGAUCUGGAGUCGAGUCGAGGGGAGUGGGAUCGUCCCAGUGAUCGAGACUACACAAUCGACCCAAAGGACUUUGUCACUCGUCUGGUUCCCAAUGAAAGAGCCCUCCAGGUGCAGAAUGAUCUCAUAAACCGAAGUGUCAAUCUCUUCAUAAAAAGUAAAGGACUCUGUGAGGAAACGAUAGCAAAGUCGAAUUAUCCAUCAUUGAGAUCAGAACUGGAGCAGUUUAUCGAGGAUUCUAUGGCUCAUGCCAUCACACUGAAGAGUCUUGAUGUCGACAGGACAUUGCCACAGACUAAACAGAAGUCCCAUGCCAAGAGUAUUCUCCAGCAGAAGAAGAUGGCACUUGCUGACUACUUUAAGACCUUGACAACCUUUGGGAUGUCCUACAGGAAGGGACUGCUGGUCCUAAAAAAUCGACCUGACGACAUCAUCGACUUCACACUUCCCCCAGUGGAGGUUUUCUCAGCCUUCGAAUAUCUCAAUCAAAGCGCCGAUAGCCUUGAGAAAAUUGAUCAGCAGAUGCUGGCGCAGUGGGAUAGUUGUCAAUCUUAUUUCUACAAAUCCCUGAUUAAACUCAAUGCCCUCAACAGUGCAUUCAGAGUUCAAACUAACUUGGGAGUGCCCGAUAUGGAGAGAUGCAGUGGCUUUUCCAAUCACUUGAUGCUCCUAGUGAACAACGAGAAGAGGACGCUAGCAGAUAAUUUUGUUAGUUUUCUGACUCUCAAGGAAUAUGUCGCAGAUUUGAUGAGAGUUGAUAUUGGGGAUGACGAUCUUCCACUUCACGAUGAAAUCAGUGUUUGCUCUCUUAGUUUGAAGGAUUUGCUGUUGUUCCUUCGAAUCAACAUCGAACAGCUGGGGAUUUAUAUCCACUCAUGUCCCAGGGGUGAUCUUACUGACGAAAACGAGAUUUUACUCCUCCACGUCCAUGACGACAGGCCCAUAAACCAUGUCCGAAAAGAUGACGACAUAUGGAGGUCAGCAGACAGUAUGCUGAAGGGUUGUGAAGACAUUGUAAUUAAAGAGAUGAAUAAUUUUGAAAAAGUAUUCACUCGGUUUUCGCAGUCUCUUCUCAGGACCCCGAUUCAUUACAAUUCCUUGAGAAUCUGUCGACAGAGUCUUCAUAAAAUCAGUGACAUCAUCUCUAGCUUUGGAGCACUCUUUCCUAGUGAUCACCCUGUCUUGAAGACGAUACUGUACAUGAAGACGCGGAUUAAUAAGUGGUCCGUCUGUUUUGAAAAGCUCAAACUCACGCCAAAUUCGAAAUUCAAUCCUGAGGACGACAGGAUGAUCGAUUUCUGUAAUAAUGCUGAGGAUCUAAUGAAGACUGUUUUAUUAGUAAUACAGAAUAAGUACAAAGAUAUAAGCACAAAUGGGGACACCUUGAAUAAAAAUGCAGCUUUGGAGCGGAGGGAAGAUGAGAAAAGUAAGCUGCAGGAAAAUGGGUUACGAGAAAAAUUAAUCGAGUCCUUGGAGAAGGAUGUCAUCAACUUGAGACUGAGGGAAGUGAAUGAGAAACUCGAGAGACUUCUGAAGCUCAAUCGGAAGCUGGAGCCAUUGCCUUCGCAGUCCAAUAUCAUUUGGCAGAGAAUUCUGCCAUUACUUAGUCAAUAUCUCUUGCUAUCACAAUUCUAUCUUCACGAGCAAGUGGCACUCUUUAGAACAAGUUGUAAAUUCCUGUACAUCCAGUUGAACGUCUUUCUGGAUUUGGCAACGAAUGGUUUCUGUGUUCCGAAAGAUCUCGAUUUUGAUGGUGCUGAGGCUGACGAGGAUGGUGAGCAACGGGAUUCUGACAAAGGAGGAAUGGGCCUUACUGAGGGAGAAGGUAAGAAGGACGUGUCUGAUAGACUAGAAUCGGAGGAUCAGCUCGAGGAUGCAAGACCUGCUGGUGAGGAGGACGAAUCGAAAGAGGAUAAGGAUUGCCAGGAGGAGGAGAACGGUAUCGACAUGAGUGAGAACUUUGACUCUAAACUCCAGGAUUUAGAGAAACCAGAGGGGGAGGAUGACGACGAGGAGAAGGAAGACGAUGAGGAUCUUGAUAAAGAGAUGGGGGACACUGAGGAAGGGACUGAGCAACUGGAUAAAGAAAUCUGGGGAGAUGACCAGGAGGAGGAGGAAGGAAGCGAGCCCAAAGAGAGUGACGAGCAGGGUUCAGGAGAGCAGCUUGGGGACAAGGAGAUGUCUGCCAAAGAUGACACGACGAAAAACUCGACUGAUGAGAAGCAGAACCAUGAAAAUUGUGCAGGGGAUGAACAUAAAGAGGAGAUUAAUGAGAUGAACGAGCCAGAUGUCAAUGACGAUCAGAUUAAUCCUUAUCAUGGGAAUCAAGAGCCGCUGCCAGAGCCUGAAGCUAUGGAUCUUCCAGAGGACUUGAAUCUUGAUGAGGGAGAGGGCAAGGAGGACAAUGGUGAGGGGGAGGAGAACCCUUUCGAUAUUGACGAGAUGAAGGAGGCCAUGCCACCAUCAGAGGCGGAAUCUGAGAAGCCUCAGGAUGAAGAGAAAAAAGAUGAAACAGGUGAGAAUCAGGACGAUUCCGGUGACGAGGAAAGUCCCUCUACUUCAGAUCCACAGGUGAAGGACCUAGAGAACAACGAGGAGAACGAAGAGAACUCUGAAGACGGGUCCAAACAAGCGCCAGACGGCUCAAAAGAAAUAGAUCCAAGUCCUGAGGAAACUGAGAAAUCCCCUGAGGAACAAGUAGCCCCCAGUGUGGACGAUGCGAGUAAAGAGACUGACGCAACCCAAGACCAGAAAACUGAUGGCUCCCACGAUAAAGUUCCUGAUAAGGAGAAUCAGAACGAGGACCAAGAGUCCUCAAUGACUGAGAAUAAUCAAGACGGCGGAGAAGACAAGGGGACAGGCCAGGCGCAGUCUGAGGAACCUGAACAUGGCCAUGCUGGUAUUUCGGCACAGACUACGCCUGUGCAACGUCAGGAUAUGCAGCAAAAACAGCAGGAGAAGAGGAAGAAUCCUGGGGAGAGUGACGAUAAACGAGCGAUAGUGGAUAACGUUCAACCUGACAAGAAGAAGCAGAGGAUGAUUCAAUCGAGGGAAGACUCCUCUCGAGGUGAUGAUGAUGAUGAGGGGGAAGAGAGUAAAGAUGGCGACAUCGAUAUGUGUAAACACGUGAAAGAGGCAGAGAGAUACGAUAAUUACGCGACCGAUGCUGCAACCGAAGAACAGGCAAAAAAACAGAAAGCAGCAGAUGCAGACGAUCCUGAAAAGAAUGAGGAAGAGAUGGAGGUGGAUAUGCAUGAAGACGAAAUAAUCGAGGAAGAAAAGCAGGGAGCUACUCAGAACCCCGAGGAAACCCCUCAAUCAGAGGAAAGGAAGGAUCGAGAGAAGUCGAAAACAAGCUCGAAAGGGCAGACUGUUGAGGAGUCACAGAUGGAAACUCAGGUGGAGGUCGAGGGAGAGAUUAUAGGGACCGUUAGCGUUCAGAGAGCAGCAGAAUCUACGUUCUAUACGAAUUUGAUGGAGGAGUCAUUGACAAGGAUUGAGGAGAAGAGACGAGAGAUCGAGGGGAUGUUAAGUGAGUGGAAGUCUAUUCCUACCACGAAGGAGGCUCUGGCAGCCUGGAACAGCCUCUGUGCAAUGACAGAGAGCUCUGCCAGGGAUUUAUCUGAGAAAUUAAGGCUUGUGCUGGAGCCAACUCAAGCUAGUAGGCUCAAAGGAGAUUACAGGACUGGGAAGAGAAUUAAUAUGAGGAAAAUCAUUCCUUACAUUGCCAGUCAAUUCAGGAAGGAUAAAAUUUGGAUGAGGCGCACUAAACCAUCGAAGAGGGAUUAUCAAAUUGUCCUGGCACUCGAUGACAGCAGCAGUAUGGCUGAUAAUCACUCGAAGGAGUUGGCGUUUGAGUCACUUGCACUGAUUUCCAAGGCUCUGGGUUACCUAGAGGUUGGUGAGCUCAGUGUUUUGAGUUUUGGAGAGUCCCCAAAGCUUUUACAUCCACUGGGUGCUCCAUUUACUGAAGAUUGUGGCUCCAGGCUCAUCCAGGAUAUGCAGUUCAAUCAGAAGAACACGAAGAUCGCUGAGUUGGUAGAUUUCACUGUCGAUAUGUUCGAACAGCAGAGUAAGACUACUGAUAAUGCUAAAUUACUCAUUAUCUUGAGCGAUGGCAGAGGAAUCUCUUCUGAUGGGCUCAAUAAGGUUGUUCGUGGUGUUCGGAGGGCUCAGCUCAAGGACAUCUUUUUAAUUUUUAUCAUUGUGGAGAAUCCAAAUGGCAGGGACUCGAUCUUGGACAUUCGCAAUGCUAUCUUUGAAGAUGGAAAAGUUGUCUUCCAUCCUUAUCUUGACAGCUUUCCUUUUCCUUUUUAUAUGAUUCUCAAAGAUAUCAAUGCACUCCCUGGUGUUCUCAGUGAUGCCCUUAGACAGUGGUUCGAGGUCGUGGGGAAAAUUGAUGCUUAAUUGAUUUUUUUUUCAAGUUUGUACAUCAGAAAUAUGUAUAUCAGAUUUCAGAGUGAGGUGUUUUUAAUACGAGCCAAUUAGCGACUUUAUUCCAAUGUUGUUAAAUUUAUAGGUUUCAUCCGAAUGACAUAACG